UGAAAAUUAAAAUGUUUUUAUCGUUAAUUUGCCUGUUGCUCGGAUUAGCCCUGGUGUGGGUUAAAAAACGUUGGGAUGAUAGAAAUUCGAUACGGCUAGUGAAAUAUUUUUCGUUUAGCAAAUGGCAAAUGCUGUUCGGAUUUGGCUCUUUAUUUAAAGCAAAGACCAUUAUAAAAAAAUUUACGCAAUAUGCUCAGGACUAUGGUAAAAACUUAAUGGUUUAUUCUGGACCAUUCCUGUUCUUAGUUACCAGUGAUCCCAUUACCAUUAAGGAUAUCUUGACAUCAAAAAAUUGUAUUUGCAAGCCCGACCUGGUGUAUGACGGCUUAAGGCAUGUCAUUGGCAGAGGUUUAAUCACAUUGGAUGGCGACGAUUGGAUUCAUGAUCGCAAAAUACUAGAUGGGGCAUUCAAAAUUGUCAAAUUGAAGACGUUCAUACCGAGAUUCAAUAGCAGUGUUAUAGCAUUGUUCCAAAACAUCGACGGUGACAUUGAGUCUGGUAAAAAGAGUCCAUUGAUUCGUUAUUUACGAGAACAAACAAUGUCCUUUGCAGCUGCAACUGUAUUGGGAAGAGAUGUCGUUAAAAGCAAAGUCGAUAUCGCAAGCUUCGCAGAGUCCGUUGUAAGCGCCUCGGAGUACCUUUCUGAUAUGACAAGCAAUUUUAUUUAUUUAAAUCGACUAGUGCGCACACUAGCUGCCAACACGAUUUACAAACAUGAUGUGGAUGCUAUAGACGAGACGAUCAAUAUUAUUACAGAGUCUGCAACCAAGUUUCCAAAACUUCGAGGAACAGAUCCUAGCUACAUUGAAAAUUUUGAUAGCGUAGUGGAUGUUUUGGCAAGGGCAACCAAACGAAAUGAAUUUCCAGCAGAACACACAACAAUGGAGCUCUUUCACGUUUUAAUUGGUGCAUUCGAAACCAGUUCAGGGGCUGCAUACUUCUGUCUGCUAAUGCUGGCUAUGCAUCCGGAAAUACAACAAUUGGCCUAUGAAGAGGUAUGCCGAAUCUUUCCGGAUGACGAUGAAGGGCAUUUCGAGGUAACCUACGAACACCUGGGACAGUUGGAGUAUUUAAGCUGCGUUAUAAAUGAAACGUUGAGGAUUUGUCCUGUAAUUUCACAAGUCGGACGCAAAGUAGUGGGUGGCGAUGUGACUCUGAGCAAUGGUGCGGUGUUACCUGAAGGUCAACGAAUAAUGAUUGAUAUUUACAAUUUGCAUCGCAGUAAAGAAAUUUGGGGUCCAAAUGCACUUAAGUUUCAACCGGAUAAUUUUCUCAUUGAAAAUGUAAGGGCAAGGCAUCCAUUCGCAUUUAUUCCAUUUACUAAAGGGAUACGUUCGUGCAUCGGUAUACGCUAUGCGGAGUUCAGUGUUAAAAUCACACUGGCACGAUUCAUCAAACGAUACAAACUAUAUGCAAAUGCUAAAAUAGAAGAUUUGGUUUUUGAAAACCACAUUUCACUACAUCUACCCAAACAUCCUGAAAUGAAGAUAGAAAGGAGAAAAAUGUCAAAACCAUAAAUUCAAAACAGAUUUUAGAUAUGCUUGUAUUUAAG